GGAACAGCUGCGGAAGCGCCAUCGGGACGGCGGCGCGAAGCACCGAGGAGGUAAAUACAUUCUGACUUAGGAGAGUGGAUCAAUGCAUAGCCAUCAGAUCAGCCUCAGUUCACCAGCAGCAUACAUUCUUUAAAAGGUACACCUGGAUGCCUCUCCCUCUGUCCCCGUCUCACAGUUUUUCACGGUGACGUCUUGAUGGAUUUGACUCUUAGUUGCUGGGCAGCUCCGGGGCAGGAGAAAUGGCUGUGAUCAGACUGGGGUUUGGAAGGCGGAAUUUUCGUCCGUUAAAGAGGAGGAGUUCUUUGCUGUUGAAACUUAUAGCUGUUGUCUUGGCAGUGCUUCUGUUUUGUGAAUUUUUAGUCUAUUACUUAGUGAUCUUUUGGUGUGAUUGGCCUGCGGUGACAACUCCAGCCCAUGGCAGCAAACCAGCGACUCUUGUGCCUGUGCUGAAAGUCAUGUUUUUGGCAGAUACCCACCUGCUUGGGGAAGUCAGAGGCCACUGGCUAGAUAAGCUGCGAAGGGAGUGGCAGAUGGAGAGAGCCUUCCAGACUGCGCUGUGGCUGCUGCAGCCAGAAGUUGUCUUCAUUCUGGGGGACAUCUUUGAUGAAGGCAAGUGGAGUUCUCCCAAGGCUUGGGCAGAUGAUGUAGAGCGGUUUCAGAAAAUGUUCAGACAUCCAGCAACCAAAAAAAAAAAAAAAAAAAAAAAAAAAAAAUAGCUGGGUGUUGUUGCGGGCACCUGUAGUCUUGCUUUUGAAUUUAGGAUGACCACAUAUAAAAUAAAACGGUUUGAGAAAGUCUUCAGUUCUGAAAGGCUGUUUUCAUGGAAAGGAAUUAAUUUCGUGAUGAUUAACAGUGUGGCGCUGGAAGGGGACCGUUGCACCCUCUGUUCCAAAGCAGAAGCAGAGCUCAUUGCAAUUUCCCACAGACUGAACUGCUCUCGGGAGGAUCCUGCUUCCCACCAGUGUGGAGAGGGGCAGCCACUCCCUGUGUCUGCACCUGUCCUCCUGCAGCAUUACCCACUUUACCGGAGAAGUGAUGAGAACUGUUCUGGGGAAGAUGCUGCCCCCCUAGAGGAAAGGAACAUCCCGUUUCAGGAGAGAUAUGACGUGCUUUCUCGAGAGGCUUCACAAAAGCUGCUGUGGUGGCUUCGGCCACGCCUGGUCCUGAGUGGCCACACACACAAUAGCUGUGAGAUGCUGCAUCCGGGAGGUAUCCCUGAACUCAGUGUCCCGUCCUUCAGUUGGAGGAAUAGAAACAACCCCAGUUUCAUCAUGGGCAGCAUAACGUCCACAGGACACGCUCUCUCCAAGUGCAACCUCCCUCGAGAGGACACGGUUCUGACCACCUACUGCGGAGCAGCAGGGUUCUUUGCUGUGCUCAUAUUAGCUCACUUUGAGCUUUUAGCCUCACCUUUUUUUUUUGGUUGGAACCUGCUCAGAAAGCCUAGGACGAUGUGAAGAGCAGGUGACAUCUGCACUUAGGAAUAAAUAUCCAAGCCCAAGAAGUGGAAGUUCAGGCAGAGCUUGAAGAGUGGAAUGGAGAACCAGACCAUGGUGGGCGUCUCACUUCACACCACAGAGACUCUAAAUCACAGAUGUGAGUUACUGCAGAAUAAAUAGCUGAUCGCACUGUUCUCAUGCUAUAAAAGUGGAAUGUAUACUCUA